GGACGGCACAAUGAUACGUGGAAAAGGUCGUCCAAAGUCGAAGCGCAUACGCAAUGAGAUGGAUGACAGCAACCGGCCCCCAACCAAAUGCAGCCGUUGUCACCAGCAAGGUCACAACCGCACUACUUGUCCAUCUAGACCAACAUAGGACCUAAGUGUAUAUGUGUUAUUUGAUAUAGUAGUAUGUAGUGGUGUUAUUUUGAUGAAACAGUUAUAAUUUUCUACAUUAUGUGUUAUUGUGUUCAAUUCGAUGAAUUUUAUUUUGUACGUUGGAUGUUCGAGAUUUCCUGUUUAUGCCUUUCAAUCGAAAUUAGUAUUCAAUAUAUUGUGUUAGUGUUUGAUGUGUAACGUUUUCAAUGAACAGAUAUCAUGGACGUACGGGAUAGGACACCCGAACCUGUUGACCCUUCUGUCAUGUCGUUCAGGGUUAUCCCAUGCAGGGCGUUAUGGAUCAUGACGAUCCGUACAUGGUGUGGUACAGGCUUAUCACACGCCGUUUCAUCAACCCCAGCUACACACCACCGUCCACCCAUUACCACCCGGCACAUGACGUCAUUAGCGGAUAUGCGGCGGAUAUGGUGGCGAUGUAUGAUGCACUGUCCCUCGCCCUUACAGACGGACCCACCAGAGCCCAGGUCCAGCGGAUGCGAGAUAUGUCCGCGACUUCCUUACGCAGACAUGGUCACGGUCAUCUCAUCCAACAGCGGGACGGUGAUGAUGGUAACUCCAUCCAUUCGCGGUUCGACCCCGGCCAGAGUAGCAGUGGAGGUGAUCCUACGUCGCACACAGAGGCAGAGGAGUACAUCUUCCACAGUUCUGCACCCUUCAGAACCCAGGAGGACGCAUCGUCCAGCCAGCUCACUCCCCCCCUCGCGCCGGAACCCAUUCACCACCAUUCACCAUUACACUCGGCGUCGUCCAAGACGAAGGGACGACAGUGAGGCUAGGGAAGGGUUACACCAAAUUGAUGAGUAGUGAACGUAUUGUAUCAUUGUUUUGUCCUUUUUCCUGGAAUGCUGCAUAUAACGAUUGCAUUAUCAAUAUAAGACAUGCUGGUUGAAUGAAUCUGUUUGUACUUUGAAGUUUUGUUUGCUUAUUUAUCCAAAUCGGAUUUAUGUCAGUCAAAAUAGAUCCUUCAGGGCUAAUGUACAUUAAACAACAGACAUUUGGAAUCCAUAGUCGAAAAUGGGGAAGAAAGGAUGGCCCGUGGUGGUUAAUGUGGUUGUUCAUGGUGGUUUUAGUGUUGUUGGUUGUGGUGGGUGGUUAUCGACGGUUGUUGAAUGGUUGGGGUUGGUGGUGGAGCUGGUUGAAGUGUUGUUGGAGGUCAAAAGUGGUGGCAGAUGGUGGUCGAUGGUGGGGGUUGUUGGUGGAUUAUGGUGGCAAGAAUCAUAGCAGGGGGUGGUGGGUGGGGGCAGAAGAAAGUGGCAGAUCAGUGGCAAAAGGCUGAUUCCGCUGCUGUUUUGCACACCAGCAGAGAAACGCUGUCCCAGACAGCGUUUUAGGUUGAAAAUAAGACGUUGUCUGAGACAGCGUUUUAGGUACAAGGAAGUUUGUACAUAAAGCGCUGUCUGGGACAGCGUCUUUGGUAUAACUGUUUUUGUUUUUUAAAAACAUUUUUAUAAAUAAAAGG